AUGGGAGAGAGAGGAACAAGACCACCUCCAUCUCGGUAUUAUUAUUAAGGAUGAGGUGCAUGUGAUAUAACUUUUACCCUUUUUCAAUCCACAUCUUGAAAGCACGUUCCAGGAUCAAAUGGGCCUACCCCCAAUUGCUUUCCUAACAGUGAAAACCCCCAUUAGAAAAAGGAAAAGGAAAAGGAAGCAGGCAAAGGAGAAAGCAAAAGGCUGGAAAGAAAAGCACACAACAUAUAGAAAUAAGAACAAGGACAUGGAAGAGGUGAUGAUGAUGAUGAUCAGUAGCCCCGAAAAUCCCAGAAACGAAACCAUUUCUCAUUCUGCUGAACCCAUUACCGCCUCCACUUGCCCCAGGUGGAAACUGUACGAUAAUCCAUUUUAUUAUCCUCAGCAUCAUCCACAGCCACACCAACAUCAACAAUGCCAGAGUAACAAGCACUGUCAUCCCCUACGCCUUCCUCGCUCUACUCGUAAGAUUGCUGCUUCUUUCUGGGAUUUAACCUUCUUCACUCCCAUGAUGCAGUCCGAACUUGAGUUUGCACAGGCCCAGAUCAUCGAGCUGAAGGCCGAGCUCGAAUAUGAACGCAAGACACGUAAGAAGGCAGAGUCGAUGAAUAAGAGGCUGGCCAAAGAGCUUGCUCAGGAGAGAAGAGGAAGAGAAGCAAUGGAGAAGGUGUGUGAAGAGCUUGCAAAAGAAAUAUCAUCUGAUAAAGUGGAGAUCAACAUGAUGAAGAGAGAGAUGGAAGAAGAAAGAAAGAUGCUAAGGAUGGCUGAGGUGUUGAGGGAAGAGAGAGUUCAGAUGAAGCUCACUGAGGCAAAGUUUCUCUUCGAAGAGAAGCUUUCAGAAUUGGAGCGUACAUGGAUACAAAUUGAGAGCUCACCUCCCAAGUUAAAGGAAAAGAAUCAAGAAGAUAAUCCACCAGGAACCACCACUGCUUCUGAUUCUGUUGCUAGUUUUUCAGGAAAGUCCAAACAGUUGUUCUUAGGUGAGAAGACAGCCUGCAAUGAUAAUAGUGGUAUUGAUUCAGCAGGUUUGGAGUUAAGUGAGAAGUUAGAUUAUUAUGAUAAUAAUGCUAUCGAUUCAAGGGAGUCUACAAGGCUUGUUUUGGGAGAGAAAUCAUGUGACUAUAACAGUAAUGGCGUUUCACUAAUGACAAUUCAGAGAAAAGCCUCUCCAGAACCUGAGAAUCCUCAUAUAAAGCGAGGGAUCAAAGGGUUUGUUGAAUUUCCACGAGUUGUUCGAGCAAUGGGAUCCAAAAGUAGGCAUUGGGGCACAAAGCUGGAGUGUCAAAAGUCUCAACUAAGGAUUCUGCUCAAACAAAGGAGUCCCAUUCGAUCUAACAAUCUUAUCUUGGGUUGAAGAUCAGAUGAAUCUGCCUUGUUCUCACCUCUCUGUCUUGAUUAAUUUUGUUUGUUUCUAGUCUGUAAUAGUUACUUGUUAUUUGUUUUAUACGUUUUUGCAAUAGGACCAGCAUCUAGUACCCCGAUUUUAUUGGUUUGAAAAAAAUGCAGAGAAUGAAGUAACAUGUUUUGAGUUUGGAUGAUUUGAAAGUUUGUUUGUGUUGUACAAAAGUACUUGUUCAAAUGCUUGUGAAUAUUAUUAUAGUUUAAAAUCAGUAGUGUUUCUUUUGUAUC